AUGGCGGACAACAAUACGAUCAUCGAAGGCACCGUCAAGUUUCGCGAUGGGAAAAAGUGGAAAUCCCGCUGGUGCGUAAUGCGGAAACUGUCUCCAGUCGCAGACUGCGUACACCUGUUGCUGUACCGCGACGCUCGCGCACUGUGGGGUGGCGCUGCCAGCAAAGCGGCACUGUCGCUGCAGCGUUACGUAGGCUGCGAGACUGGCUUCACCCUCGACAAACAUUCCCAUACGUUGGCACUGCUCUGUGCCGACUUUACGGCUGUGCUGGCCUUCGAGACUCGCGAGCGCCUUAUGCAGUGGCAGGUGAAACUGGCGGCGCAUUUAGGCGACCCGCGCAACUACCUAGUUCUGCUGGGUAGUGGUAAACCGGGGCCUGCUCGACUGCACCUCCAUCGCCGCAGUUGUGCUCUUUCAGUCGGUGUACCACCUCGUUUACUCGGCGUCUGGAACAUCGCACACCUUAGGCGCUAUGGUGUCGUUGAUGGAAGAUUCUGUUUCGAAGGCGGUUCCCACUGUGGCAAGGGGGAGGGGCUACACGUCCUAAUCUCGGACCAGUCGGCAGACAUUUUGAGAGACUUUGAUCUUGCUUCAAGGGGACAGCUCUCACCCAAACGGAGAGCAAGUUCGUCGAAAAAAAAUGACGGUUUUGAAAGUCCGAAGUCUCAAAAAGCUUUUAGAAUGAAUGCCCGGGUCGAGUUAAAUACAAUAGACAGAUCACUUCCUCCGACCGACUUACGCUUGUAUGAAGAUCCGUGUAGCGGUGAAGAGCCUGGAACUAUAUCUCCAUACUGGCCCUUCACUGAAAGGCACUUUGAUGACAUGGGGCUAGGAGACACUUCCUCGGUCAACGAUAUGACGGACGGUAUCGAUCCCGCUCCUUGGAGUGCCAACGGACAUGUAAUGUUGGAGAGAUGUAUGAGCUGUAUUUCAAAACUCGGCGCUCUUUCAAGAUCUUCAACUGCUGCAUUGACUCCUGGCGCAAAACACUUUAAUCCCGCUUGGACGAUGGAAGAAGUAGAUGAAUCAAACAAAAAAGACGUUCCUUGUGAGAAGGUUAGGGCUCUAGAAUCCUUAGUGAAUCCUCAAGAUGAAAAUAUAUGUCGUUGUGGAGUGGAACAGAUUCCAGACCGACCUCCAAAACCCACGAAACUAGACUUAAAAUUGACACGAAAACCACCGAUGCCACUGCCCGUGAGAUCUUUUAGUCACGCACAAUUAUCAUCAAUUCAAGAGAACUCUUUAUCUAGUAUAGGACCAUAUGAAAAUUAUGAUGUCCCAAAAAUACAUUCAGCAGAGGUCGAAGGUGAAUAUUAUGAUACACCUAAAAGGCUUAAAGAAUGUUUAAAUAACGAGUUAUUUAAAAUGACAAAAAGUUCUACAAUGAAUACAAUAGUAAUGAAAAAGUCAUGCGGCUGUUUACUGAAAUUUGGGAAAAAAACAAAACAACCAACUGUGAUAGACUCAGACGAAACGUUUCAACAGUCGAGCUGCCCCUGUCAAAAAGUUACAGAUUGGGCCAACAACUGGAUUAAGCUACCCUACUGCAACAAGACUCCCGAGAACCCAGGAAACUUAGUAUCUUUUAAAGAAACAGUAAAACCUACCAUUAUUGACAAAAAUGCAUUGUACGCCACGAUAGAUCUCUCUCAAAAGACAAGAAGAAAAUCGCUUCAACAUGAAUAUUGUAUCCCAAAUAACAUCGAAAAAUCCAAGAGUUUUGAAUAUACUGAAAUCGACGAUGGGCCACUUGCUAACUAUGAGAAUUUGAAUUUUGCUCUAUCUUUAGAACAUUACGAAAACGCUAAAGAACUUCUAAAGAAAGCCGGUGUGACUCAACGUGAACUUGACGCAUUGAGCGCUAAUCUUAAUCGAACAGGCACCGUUAGACCCAAAGAACGAACUAACGAAGAUGAAAUUAUGUGUACGAAGUGCGGAAAUCCUCAAGAAAAAGAGAAACGUAACAAAGAGACUUCGCACGAUGAAUAUUUGAUGAUGGAGCCUAAUACCACUGACAGUAACCAGUUCGAUCAUGAAAAACCAUUGCCAUCCGGGUACACCCCGAUGUCGCCCAUAAGUGGUUUUACUUUUCACACUUUAAAGCAUCCUGCAAAGAACCCAAUCAGUCGAUUGCUGGAUGAAAAGUCCGCUAGUAACCCCACUCUCUGUGGUUCAGAGGAGACCAGGGCCCCGACUGAAGACAGCGAACGAGUACAGCUUAGAGCGGUCAGAGAGCGUACCGAUUCCCGCAAGCGCUCCAGUUCCGCAGACUCCUCUCGUUUCCUUGAGGACGUUAAAGAGUUCGAAGGUAGCCGCGGGUCAACUUCUUCCAUUGAAACGCUGCGGGACAUCGGUGCAGGUGUUACACCAUGCGAAUGCGCCGCAAAGCACUCGGAUGCGGAUAGUUCGGAGGCUUCCAAGACUAAGGGUACGGUGAUUCCAUCUGGUAGCAACAGGGAUUCGUCUAGCUCCAACGAUUCCGGGGUCUCAUCAUGGUCGCUCCGCGGUGAUGCCUGUACGGCGGGUGAUUUUGAACUUCCAGCAACAACGGCGGCAGCACGACGUCGGUACCGCUCGGCACGGAGAGCGCAUGCUCCACCCCACGCGGCCCCUCGCCGCUCGCGCUCCAGCAGCGGGGUGCGCAACUCACCGCCACCGUCGCACAAAUGCUGCUCCGCUGAGGCCGAAGUGCCAGUUCUUACUAAUAAGCCACUAAGAGGCGUAGCGGUGACAGACAGCCGCAGUACGUCCAGUGGCACCUCAGACAUGUCAGACUACAUCGAAACCCUCUCAAUUUGCUCUUCCCACUCGUCUUCCGACACGCCCGUUACCAUGAGGGUGGUCCGGCAUACAACAAGUACGCUGCGGCCGCGUUCGGGCAAAGAGUAUAGCCCGCUGGCUGCGGGCUUGAGGGCCGCCAACCAACCCUACCGACACUUACCCUGA